CCCACGAAACAGCAGGAGAAAACACCGACAAAAAAGAAGCAAACUGUCGAAACAGAAGUAUAACUCACGAGUAUGGCACUGCUAUCCAAUGGCGCUUCUUCGAUGCAGAUAACAGCACAGACGGCCAACGGUGGUCCGAACGGUGGUGGCCCCGAUGGCGCAGGAGACUUCAACUCCAACGAUCAUAUCUUCUUUUCAAGUCUGUUUAACGCGUUGCCGUGCUGGGAUGCGCCUCCGCACAAAACCAGCUCGGGGCCAGUUAUGGUUCCACAAAGCAAUAACAACACUUCACUGGAUCGUGAUAGCAUUAGUAUUACGGAGGAUCUAUUGUUUUCCAAUGUUUUGGGAGCAAUCGGUACGGGCAGCAGCAGUAGCGGUAGCGGUAGUGUCGGAACGAUUGGAAUGGGCCAUGUCGGUAUCAUCGGAUCAUCCAACGGAUCCAACAGUGGCAGCCAUCUCGGCCAUGUGGUGAACUCUUCGAACGAAAUUUUCGGCGUCAUAGGAUCGUCAUGCACGAAUCACACUCAGCUAACGCCGGGCACUUCGCCACAGACAAACUCCUCCAACGGCAGUCAUUGUCCGUCGUCCGUUGGGGCCAUCUGUGGACGAUGCGACACUCAUGCUUCGAGCCGCUGUCUCGACUGUAACGACGUACUGUGUGAGGACUGUACACAGCUGCAUGCAAAGAAUGCCUUCACGAAGGAUCAUUGCGUGAUUUCGAUUAACACAAUCUCACCGAUUGGUUCGGCGCCAUGCAUGAUGCAGGGAAAUGGCCUUCUCAGCAGUAAUGGGGGCGGAACAUCGAAUGGCCCACUCCCAGGGGUGACAUUGUCCGAACCGCAUUGUGAUGUGCAUGGUGAAGUACUGCGCUAUCUUUGCGAAUCGUGCAAGAAGGUUGUCUGUCAAGAGUGCACCCUGUGGGACCACAAAGACCACUCGUGCAUUCCGGUGGCCAACAUUUCGCACGGCGCCUCGGACAAAAUUAUGUCCAUUCUGGAAAGUGGUAAACUGGGCACUAAAUACAUCAAGGCCAGUAUUGAUCGCGCAGUCACGUACUCGCAGGCCGUUGAGCGGGAUGCAAUGGAAGCGUCGGCUCGCAUUCGUAAAGCGAUGCGUCACUUUAUACUUGCCGCCGAGGAUCGCGAGCGAACACUGCUAGACCGUGUAGAUAAAUUUCGCCAGCAGAAGCUAACUUCCCUGUCUGACCAGAUGACUGGAUUACGUGCCGCCCUGGCAGGGCUAUCUCAGACGUCCGACAUGCUAACGAAGGCGCUCGACUCCGUCUCGAUGAUGGGCAGCAUGGAGAUAGCGAAAACACUCACAACGGGCGAAAGCCAGAUGGAACAGUUUGCAGCUAUGUACAAGAAUCUGCAACCGAAGGAAGAAUUUAUCACAUUCGUGGCUCCAAACUUUGAGCUGCUGCAGGAAAUUCGAAUGCAGGGCGAUGUGAUGCUGGUUGGGCAACGUAGUAAUUCCGUUUCCUCGAACAGCUCGGGCAAUGCGAGCAUACAGGGCCAGACUGGACCGCACUGCGGUGUUGUUAGUUCUAACAAUGGUGUCAGUGGAGUGAGCGUUGUAGGUGGUACGGUCGGCAACAUCCUAACGCGGCGCCCGGUCGUUCGCAGUACGACACCAGCACAACGUAUCGGAUCAUCAACAUGGGAGCCAAUGGGUAAAGGAUCGGUUGGUGGAUCAUCCGUUUUAGGAUCUUCUCCAACGUCCUUUGGCAUCGGACCGAUCCCUGGAGCUCCGAUACUCGGGCAGUGCAUUCCUGGUUGCAAUAAUCACGUGGCAGCCAAACCAGCCGUCGGUCCCAGCCUCACGUUCGGUUUUGAUGGGCAUGAGGAUGGGCAAGUUUCAAGACCCUGGGGCAUUACGGUUGACAAGGAUGGUCAGAUACUAGUAGCCGAUCGGCGUAACAAUCGCGUGCAAAUAUUUUAUCCCGAUGGUACGUUUAAGCUUAAAUUUGGCUCGAAAGGAACGGCAAACGGACAGUUUGAUCUUCCGGCUGGUAUCUGCACUGACGGCCAGGGGCGCAUUAUUGUGGUCGACAAGGAUAACCACCGGGUGCAGGUGUUCUCGGCCGGCGGACUGUUUCUGCUCAAGUUCGGCUGUUACGGCAAGGAGUGCGGUCAGUUCCAGUAUCCUUGGGAUGUGGCAGUGAAUACGAAAGGUGAAAUUUUAGUGACAGACUCGCGAAACCAUCGGAUUCAACUAUUCAGCCCCGAUGGCUUGUUCAUUUCGCGCUACAGCUUCGAUGGGGUAAAUCACAGCCGUUAUCUGAAAGGUUUGACAACACCGCGUGGCGCUUGUUUCACACCACAAGGAGAUAUCAUCAUAUCAGACUUUGAGAACCACCGUCUGCUGCUGAUCGAUGCGACUCUUUCAAAGGUACUUGCUGCAAAAGGACACGAAGGAUCAGCAGUGCACGAAUUUAGUCGACCCUCGGGCAUUUGCUGCGACGAUGAUGGUCGGGUAAUCGUCGCGGACUCCAAAAAUCAACGAGUGCUGGUGUUCUCACCCCAACUAGAGUUUCUUUGGGCGGUGGAAAUACGUCCUUCGUCGAAUGGUUUGCUAGCCAUCGGUAUGGACGAAAAAGAUCGACCAAGCGAUAUCGCGCUGUUGCCCGAUGGCCGUCUCGUGGUCAUGGUUGAAACGUCACCUGACGCAAGAGACCAGUGUAGUCCGCAGAAAACAUUCAUCCAAAUUUACUAACGCAUCGUGCCAUCGAAUCAGGCACCAUGAU